AUGACCCGGGACCCGGGACCAGGGUCUAACGGAAAGUCUAACGGUAACGGAAAGUCUAACGGAAAGUCAAACGGAAAGUCUAACGGUAACGGAAAGUCUAACGGUAACGGAAAGUCUAACGGAAAGUCAAACGGAAAGUCAAACGGAAAGUCUAACGGUAACGGAAAGUCUAACGGAAAGUCUAACGGUAACGGAAAGUCAAACGGAAAGUCUAACGGUAACGGAAAGUCUAACGGAAAGUCUAACAGAAAGUCUAACGGAAAGUCUAACGGUAACGGAAAGUCUAAAGGAAAGUCUAACGGAAAGUCUAACAGAAAGUCUAACGGAAAGUCUAACGGAAAGUCUAACAGAAAGUCUAACGGAAAGUCUAACAGAAAGUCUAACGGAAAGUCUAACGGAAAGUCUAACAGAAAGUCUAACGGAAAGUCUAACGGAAAGUCUAAAGGUAACGGAAAGUCUAACGGAAAGUCCAACGGAAAGUCUAACGGUAACGGAAAGUCUAACGGAAAGUCUAAAGGUAACGGAAAGUCUAACGGAAAGUCCAACGGAAAGUCUAACGGUAACGGAAAGUCUAACGGAAAGUCUAAAGUCGGAUAUCUAGGCCUGGAGUCGGGUCUCUACGUCUGGAGUCGAGUCUCUACGCCUGGAGUCGAGUCUCUACGUCUGGAGUCGGGUCUCUACGCCUGGAGUCGGGUCUCUACGCCUGGAGUCGAGUCUCUACGCCUGGAGUCGAGUCUCUACGUCUGGAGUCGGGUCUCUACGCCUGGAGUCGAGUCUCUACGCCUGGAGUCGAGUCUCUACGCCUGGAGUCGGGUCUCUACGCCUGGAGUCGAGUCUCUACGCCUGGAGUCGGGUCUCUACGCCUGGAGUCUGGUCUCUACGCCUGGGGUCGAGUCUCUACGCCUGGAGUCGAGUCUCUACGCCUGGAGUCGGGUCUCUACGCCUGGAGUCGAGUCUCUACGCCUGGAGUCGGGUCUCUACGCCUGGAGUCGAGUCUCUACGCCUGGAGUCGGGUCUCUACGCCUGGAGUCGAGUCUCUACGCCUGGAGUCGGGUCUCUACGUCUGGAGUCGGGUCUCUAGGCCUGGAGUCGGGUCUCUACGCCUGGAGUCUGGUCUCUACGUCUGGAGUCGGGUCUCUACGCCUGGAGUCGGGUCUCUACGCCUGGAGUCGGGUCUCUACGUCUGGAGUCGGGUCUCUACGCCUGGAGUCGGGUCUCUACGUCUGGAGUCGGGUCUCUACGUCUGGAGUCGGGUCUCUACGCCUGGAGUCGAGUCUCUACCCCUGGAGUCGGGUCUCUACGCCUGGAGUCGAGUCUCUACGCCUGGAGUCUGGUCUCUACGUCUGGAGUCGGGUCUCUACGCCUGGAGUCUGGUCUCUACGUCUGGAGUCGAGUCUCUACGCCUGGAGUCGAGGCGGCUUGUCCACGGUGGCGUACAGGCUCUCUGGGUUCUCACGCCGGACCGGGACUGGACCAGGGGCGGGGCCAGAGUGUGGUCCCAGCAAACUGUACGUGGACGACGGAUUCUCUUCCAAUUCUAUGUGUGUCCCAGAGGCUGCUUCCGGGGCCGGAGGCUGA